AUGGUAGACGAUGAUGAUGAAGAAGAAAUAUCCACGACAGGUCACGAGUCGCCAUCUGAACUAAAACGUAUUGAUUCAAUUCAAUUUGGUUUAUAUGAAAUUGAUAGUUGGUAUUGGUCACCGUAUUUAGAUGAUGAUCAGACGACAACAAAACUUUAUAUUUGUGAAUAUUGUUUACGUUAUUUUAAAUAUAAAAAAAAUUAUGAACAACAUACGACCAAUGGUUGUACUCGAUAUCAACCGCCUGGAAGAAAAAUAUAUGAACAUCCAAAUGGUUUAUCUGUGUUCGAAGUAGAUGGACAAACAGCCCAGCUUUAUUGUCAAUGUUUGUGUUUAUUAGCAAAAUUAUUUCUCGAUCGAAAAACAAUUUAUUUUGAUGUUGAGGGUUUUCUAUUUUACGUAUUAGCUAAAUUAGAUGACAAUAAAAGAAAUACCUAUCAUCUGCUCGGCUAUUUUUCAAAAGAAAAAUUUUCUGAUGAAGGUUACAACCUGGCUUGUCUUAUGGUACUCCCUCCACAUCAGCGACAAGGCUAUGGCAAAUUCUUAAUAGCACUCAGUUAUGAAUUGACACGCCUGGAAAAGAAAACUGGUUCACCAGAAAAACCUUUAUCCAAUCUUGGUCAAAUUGGUUAUAAAAGUUACUUUCACUCGACGAUUUUAGCAAAAUUAAAAUCUUAUAUCAAUUCAAAAAUGAACAUAACAAUUGGACAAUUAAGUGAAGAAACGGGAAUAUGCAUCGAUGAUGUUGUUCAGUCAUUAAUUGAUUUGCAAAUAAGUUACACUAACUUGAAUAAUGAACAACGAGAAGAACCACAUGUGAAGAAGAAAACAAUACACAAACAACGAGAUGAUAACAAUAACAUAUCAUCGUUUAUUAUCGUCGAUUCUGAUAAUGUAGUCAAUUUAUCAGAGAAUAAUCAUGAGAAAAAUUUAUUUGAUGCAAAUUAUUUACGUUUAAUUGGACAUCGAAGAUAA